AUGUUGUCUCUAAGAUUAUGUCGUCAAAGGCCUUUCAGCACAUUCGUCAACGCCUCAACGUCUCCCCGCCUCAUCAAUCUGCAGCAUCUCACACGGAUCCGCCACCCACGACACAUCGAGAGCAGAUGCCUCCAGCGAUGCUACGCCCAAGCAUCCAAGAAGCCCGACGUCUCCAAAUCGAAUAUCUCAGCAGCCGAGCAAGCAAAACAGCAGGCCAAAGCCGCCGCCGCCAAUGCUGGAUCGAAACGCUAUGAUAUUGCCGAGAGACUACUCAUCUACCAUGCUGGCACGGGGCGGAUCACGUUUCUGGCCAUGGUCAAGGUGACGACGCUGUUUCUGGGGGCGUUUUUCACGUUUAUUGUUGUCCCGGGGUAUGUCAAGGCUGAGAAGCCGGAGUGGGAGAUUAUGGGAGUCGCCCUCUGCGGACUCAUCCCCCUCUUCUUCGUGGCAUACACAACGUCGCCCUUCACGACCCAAAUCUACAUCCACCUCCCCCCAGCCGCUCGUACCAGCCGCCCAGCCCUCGAGCGCUUCAUCCACGGCGCUCUGCCCCCUUCCACGGAGCUCACCCUCACAACCAUGAGCGCCAUUGCGAAACCCCGCUACAGCACCAUGCAGCUGGGACACCUACGUCCGGCAAAACGACGGUUCGGCAUCGUCAAUUACGUGCGGGAUGCCGAGGGUGCAAUGGCGGAGAACGAGACGCGGAAGUGGUAUAACUUGCGGGCAUUGACCAAGUUUGGCGUGCAGGAGGUGAAGACGGAUAAGAAGAAGAAGGCCAAGGGGACGAAGAUCAGGGACUUGACCGAGGCGUGGAUAUGGGAUGCCGUGAAGGACAAGAUUGAGAAGAGGGCAACAGCCGCAGCAGCAGCCAAAGCGUCUUAG